GUCUUUGCCCCCUUUGUGCAGCUUGUCGGUGCUUGCUUGUGCUUGCUUGCAGGCACACUGGCUGAGAGGACCAUGCCAUGAGGCCGUCACAUCACCGACACAGAGCCUCCCACGACCACAAUCACCGAAACAGCAGCCAAAACAGCGGUGUGACGUCAAGUAUAUCCAACUGCCAAGCCAUGGUGCGACACCAGCCACCUCCACAUGUUGCGGAUCUGAACCAGCACCACAAAGACAGUCCUACACAUCGACUGCAAGUGCAGCAACGAUUGCGACGACUGCGACCACCUGCGGUGUCACAGCUUAACACGCAGCCACAACGCUCAAGGCCCUGCAAGUCUUGUCAAUACCUGCGUUCUUCGCGCAAUUUCGGUGCUUGCAGGCAAGCCUGCGUCUGCCACAAGCGAAGACAAAGGUCGCCCUUGUCGCCCGCGACGGCAAUACCACCAUCAAGCUCAACUAUCGCCACAGCUGUCACAGCAGCCACAGCAUCACGCGUGCAAAGCAAUGGCCUUCCAAGCUCGCACACUGCACCACUAUCUCAAACACAGCCGAUGCCACCACAACAACAUCGAGGGUCAAGGAGACCAGGCAAGCCUUUUGCCAGCGCGCUGCUGUGUGUCACGGCAUGGCUCGUUUUGCUGUGCAGCGUUGGCGUGUCGCAGCUGCCACAAGCAGCUCUUGCGCAAACCACACUUGCCGAUGGCUGCGCCCAACAGUUUCCCUUUGACUUUGUCUACGUGCUGGAUGCAAGUGGCAGCGUUGGUAGGGACAACUGGAAUCGCGUGCUAAACUUUACAGCAGACUCCAUCAGCACCCUCCGCACCAUUGACCCACAGGCACAGUUUGGCGCUGUCGUUUUCUCGACCACCGCCGAAAUUGCGGUGCCCUUGCAAGCGUUCGAUUCACAGCAGGCUGUCCAAGACACGGUGCGCACGCUUCCGUAUGCGGGAGAGUCCACAGCAACAGGCAACGCCCUCAACCUGGUCCGACGCGAAAUCUUCAGCGAUGACGCCGCGGCCAUUUCCGGCUUCCGUGGCGGGCGCGCUGUCGUCGUGCUGGUGACAGACGGGGAAACGCUCGAACUGGACGGCGUGUUGGAGAACGCAGCCGACCGCCUGCACGCCACGGGGCCCUUGGGCGUGGACGUGUUUGUUCUGGGUGUGGGGGCCGCGUCAUCCCCGCAGCUGCUUCAGGACGUGUACACAGCAGCUAGCGGGCCGCCGGAAACACACGUGUUUACCCCCGAUGUGUUUGACCAGCUGCUUCCAGACACACGCACACCGCUGAUUGCCCAGCGCCUGGCCUGCGAUCAUGCCGCGACCAAGGCCCCAGAAACAACUUCAACGUCCACCACAACUACGACCACAACCACAACCACAACCACAACCACAACCACAACAACGACCACAACCACAACCACAACCACAACUACGACCACAACAACAGCGACGACGACGACGACGACGACGAGGCCAGAUGGCUGCCCCUAUCGCGAGGGAGACGAUGUGCUCAAUCUCUUAUCGAGUGCAGGCGUGUCUGGGACGCUCUUUCUGGAUGGCACCACGGUGGAAACAGUGCCCGAUAUCAUGCAAGUGUCAGAGAGGUUCACGGUGAUUCUCGAUGCGGCAUUUGCACAAGACACCGCCGGUUACGUGUUUUCAAAGGCAACCGCCUCUGGGAAGCACUUCUACUCCCUGUUCUACAACCAGCUCUCGCAGUCACUUGUGUUCUACUAUCGCCCAAAGGGCCAGGCAACUCACGACAGCGUCGCCAUCACGUUGAAUGAGCCCCUGACACCUGGCGUGCAGCAUCACAUCCUGGUCAGCGUGGACGGCAGCGUGCUGCGCGUCAUUGUUGACCGCACACAGUACCUGUUUGAUCUCCUUGAGCAACUGGAGGACUGCGGGACAGCUGGUCCGGAUUGCCGCUUCCACCUCGGCGCCCGACCAAGCACAAGCGGUGCCGUGUUUUUCAUGACAGGCUCGCUUGCCCAAGCAAGGUUGCUGUACUGCGAUGCGCUGACCCAUGACGACCGCUCAACGACCACGAGCACCACCACAACCACAACCAGCACCACCACGACGUCUGCAACGUCGUCCACAACGUCAUCAACCACAACAACUUCCACGACAAUGGCACCUCAGGAGUCGUGUGCCGGCCGCUGCUUCUCGCUGCCAGAACCCGGCGAUUCGUGCUUCUGUGAUCGCUUUUGUGGUGACCUAGGUGAUUGUUGUCCUGACUAUGGUGCGUUGUGUAAGCCUGCUUUGACGAGCACAACAACGACUACAACGACGACGACAACAACAACAACAACAACAACUACUACUACUACUACUACUACGACGACGACGACGACGACGACGACAAGCACAACAAGCACCACAACAACAACAACAACAACAACAACAACAACAACAACAACAACAACAACAACAACAACAACAACAACAACCACGACCACAAGUGAGCCGUGUCCGGUUGCAGUGACGAACAUGCUUGAUCCGCUGAGCAACGACGGUGCCGUGCGACCGACCAGUCGAGGGGCGUAUGUGUUCAACGGAACGCGCGGCCUCACCAUUACGCAAUUCUCGCAGGUGUCGGAUCGCUUCAGCGUUGUAUUUGCCUUGCGCUUCUCCUCCGUGGCUGUUGACCAGAGCCUGGUGAGCAAGACAGACAUGCGUGGCAACACGUACUGGCACGUGUCGUACGAUGCGUUUGCCACCGCCAUUCGGUUCACGUUUAUGGCGCAGAGCGACAACGUUGCGCGCAUUGUAUCGUUCCCCGCCGCCGCACUCGCUGACCGGCGGCUGCACGCGCUGCUGCUGAGUGUCGACGGUGAAGCGGCAACGCUGCAGGUUGACGGCGAUCCAGCCACCAACACCACCCGCCAGCUCGGCACACGCGUGCAGGCGUGCGACCCGGCGUUAGGCGCCAUGUGUCUCCUGACAGUUGGCGCGCACGGCGGUGUGCAGCCCACGCUGAUGGCCUCCGUCACAGACGCGCGCGUAUACUGGUGCGAUGCGCUCGCAGUGUACCCCAACCCUUGGACCACCACAACCACAACGACUACCACCACAACGACUACCACCACAACAACAACGACGACAACUACAAUCGCAGCGACAACACUGAUAGAGGAGACUUCCACAGAAGAGCCGAUGACGACCACCGGUGAAGAAAUUACAACCACGGAGGACGUGGAAACAACUACAGACUUGGAAACAACAACCACAAGCACGACCACUGCCACGACCACCACCUCCACAACUACAACCACUACUACAACCACGACAACCUCGACAACCACAUCGACAACAACCACGGCCACCACAUCCACGACGACCACAUCCACGACGACGACGACCACAACGACGACGACAACAACAGCUUCAACAACGACGACCACGUCUCUGUUGCAGUCGUGUGCUGGCCGCUGUGAGACAGACACAGCCAUCAAUGCCGCCUGCUUCUGUGACAUUCACUGCUUCCGCUUGCGAGACUGCUGUGACGAUGUGGUUCCUGAAUGCUUCCCCACCAGCACAACAACGACAACAACAACAACAACAACAACAACAACAACAACAACAACAACAACGACGACAACAACAACAACAACAACAACAACAACAACAACAACAACAACAACAACGACAACAACAACGACAACAACGACAACGACAACAACAACAACAACAACAACAACAACAACGACAACAACAACGACAACAACGACAACGACAACAACGACAACAACAACAACAACAACAACAACUACUACUACUACUACUACUACUACUACUACAACUGCAACAACAACGACGACGACGACGACGACGACGACGACGCACGGUCCUGUUGAAGGGUCAUGCCACCUCCGUUGUGCCGAAGGAUCGUCCAUUAAUCUGUCCUGCUUCUGCGACCGCAACUGCUUCCUGCUUGGUGACUGUUGCGCGGAUGUUGUGCCGCUCUGCUUCCCGACGGCACCAACGACGACGACCACGACGACAACAACCACCACAACCUCGACAACAACCGAUCCCGUGUGUGAGGAGGGCAUUGACAGCUGCUUUCUGUGCUCCAUCCAGCACCCACCGCAGUGCGUCCUGUGCACUGACUCGCAGUACCUCAUUGACGGUCGCUGCGAGAGCACAUGUCCAGCCGGGUACAGGAAGGUUGGUCGCCGGCUCGUUGGGCGUUCGUGUGAGCCCAUCACGACCACCACAACCACCACCCCAGCAUCCAUAACGUCGUCCACGACAACCACCACUACCACCUCGCCAACAACGUCCACAACAACGUCUUCAACAACAACGCGAGCGCAAUGCCAGGAAGGGCAAAAUGACUGCUUCCUGUGCUCAAUCCGCUCCCGUUAUGAGUGUCUGCUCUGCACCAACUCGAAGGUGCUGUUUGAAGGCGACUGCAUCUCAUCGUGUCCUGAUGGCUACAAGCGCGAGGGCAAGCAGGCAAUUGGGCGCACCUGCGUUGCCAUCACAACAAGUCCCACGGCGCCAACAACGACGACCACAAACGACGUCACAGGGGAGGCCUGUGAAUGCAACCUGAACGACUGCUUCGCCUGCGAUGUGGAUGUGAUGGCGGAUGCAGCGACGUGCACAUUUUGCUCCAACUUCCGGUUCCUGCUGGAUGGCCGCUGCCACACGAACUGCACGUUCAAGGAUGGUUAUGUGGAAUCGAACGCCGUCUUCUUUGGCAGCCGCUGCGUCAAUGAGACAAUGGACACUCAAUCCACCACCACCACGACAACGACGACGACCGCCGCCACGGCGACGACGACAACGGCCACCACGGCAAUGCCGACAACAACGUCCACCAUGAUGCUGGAUCUAUCCAUGUGCAUCAACGGUGUUGCCCUUGACAGCGGCGAGCCGUGCGAUUGCGGCACGGCGUUCUGCGUAUCGUGCGACCUGCUCCCAUCGGGUGAUGCAGGGGACAACAACUACCACUACGACUACAACUACAACUACACCUACAACCACGACAACUACAACGAUGUCAUCAACUUCGUCUUCUUCGUCAUCCUCAACGUCCUCCUCUUCAACAACUACUACAACUACAACUACUACUACAUUGUCAUCAUCAUCGACGUCGUCUUCUUCGUCAUCCUCCACAUCCUCGUCAUCCUCCUCUUCUACAACAACUUCUACUACAACUGCUACUGCUACUACCACGACCACUACCACUACCUCUUUGGCAGUGGACACCACCACCACAACUAG